AUGACACAUACUAUUGGCUUUAGAAACCCUGCCGGCAAAGGAGGCAAGAAGCGCAGAAAGUCCAGGAAGGAGAGCUACGCUAUCUACGUGUACAAGGUUAUGAAGCAGGUCCACCCUGAUACCGGGAUCUCCUCCAAGGCUAUGGGCAUCAUGAACUCCUUCGUCAACGACAUUUUCGAGCGUAUCGCUGGUGAGUCCUCUCGUCUGGCUCACUACAACAAGCGCUCCACCAUUACCUCCAGAGAGAUCCAGACCGCCGUGCGCCUGCUGCUUCCCGGUGAGCUGGCCAAGCACGCCGUGUCCGAGGGUACCAAGGCCGUCACCAAGUACACCAGCUCCAACGCAUGCUGCUCGCGCUGCAGAAAUACAGCAUCACUCUCAUCCACAAACCAGGAAAAGACAUUCCGGUUGCUGACACACUGUCAAGGAAAUCCAUGAAUGAUGAGGACAGUUCACUAACUGAGGACAUGGAGACUCAAAUACACACUGUCAUCAGCACAAUGCCAGUAAGUACAAACAGGCUAGG